AUGUCCCACAGGACUGGCUGGCACUGGCAUAUGGCCCUCUUACCGUACGGCAAGCGGUGGAGGGACCUCCGCCGCGUCUUUUGGCAGUAUUUCCGUCCCGAUGUAUUAUCCAAGUAUCGUGAGGACCAGGAGGCCGGCGCACACAUCCUGCUCCGCAAGCUCCUCGCCAGCCCAGAGAAGCUUACUGAGCAUCUGCAUUACUCCGUUGGUGCUGCCAUCCUUCGCAUCGUCUACGGGCUGGAUGUAGCAGAGGACAAGGACAGGAAUAUCGCGCUCGCACACAAGGCUCUAUCCGGCGUGGAAUUCCACAUCGCUGGCUCUUUUGUACUGGAGUACUUCCCAAUUCUAGCGCGUGUACCCAGAUGGCUUCCUGGGACGGCACUUCUGUGCCGUCUGGAUAGUAUCCGUCAGGCAGUGUUGCAGUUCCGUGACGAACCAUGGUCUUAUGUGCAGGAAAUGAAAGCUACAGACACGCUGCGAAGGUGUAUCGCAUGGGACAUGAUGGAACAGAUGCCAGGUUCCUCCGGCGAAUUUGGCGCCUCACUCAGCGAUUCGACAGCGAGGAGUGCCGCUGGUGUGGCGUACGCAGCUGGCAUAGACACGUUGUAUGCUACAUUGCAGCGACUGUUCGUUGCUAUGACUCUGCACCCUGAAGUGCAGAAGAAAGCGCAAGCGGAACUUGAUGCAGCGGUAGGGCCGUCCCGUCUUCCUAUCUUUGGGGACCGCAGUGCGCUCCCGUACGUCAACGCCAUUGUGAAAGAGUGCUUCCGAUGGAAUGCUACUUUGCCGUUGGGAGUGGCUCAUGCCACAUUGGCGGACGACACAUAUGAAGGUUACCAUAUUCCAAAGCAGACCACCGUUUUUGUGAACGCGUGGGCAAUCCUGAAUAACCCUGAAGAAUACCCCGUGCCCGACAACUUUGUACCAGAUCGCUUCCUGCGCGACGGGAAACCAAACUUGUCUAUCAGAGAUCCCGCGACCGUUGCAUUCGGUUUCGGCCGUCGAAUCUGUCCAGGACGAUAUUUCGCCGAUGAGACCAUGUUCAUUUUCGUUGCGUCCGUACUCCAUACGUUCAACAUCAGCCCAGCUCUAGACGACAAAGGCCAAUCAAUACAAGUGCGGCCACUAUUGACUACGUCGCUGACUGCGUAA